ACUGUCAAUUUGUCAAACAUCCAAACAAAAAAACGACAUCUGAAUUUAUUGAAUAUUCGACUGUUGUUUUUAGAUUUAAAUCAGCAACAAGUAUGGGACGUCGAAAAUCAAAAAGGAAGCCACCACCAAAACGAAAGGCUACAGAGGCACUGGAUCAGCAAUUUAACUGUCCGUUUUGCAAUCAUGAAAAAUCCUGCGAAGUAAAAAUGGAUCGCGCAAGGAAUACUGCACGAAUACAGUGUCGAGUUUGUUUAGAAGAUUUCCAAACUACAACAAAUGUUUUGUCUGAGCCAAUAGAUGUAUAUAAUGACUGGGUGGAUGCUUGUGAAAGUGCGAAUUAAAUAAGAAUUUUUAGUUUAAGUUUUUCAAUUAUGAAAUGAAUAUAUUGAUCUAUAUAUA